AUGGAAUCCAAGGAAAUCCACACUAUCAAGGGCAACCAGCCUGACUCUGGCUCUGAUAGUGAAGCCAUCAAGACCGAGCUGAAUGCUCAAGGCUCUCAAGACUUCAAGACCGUUCCUCCUGAGUCUGAUGACAAUGCCAACAUUUACUCCCAGGGAGGCAAAAACUUUCGCACUCUCAAGCGAUGGGACACCAUCUUCAUCCUCUUUGCCAAUCAGAUCGGCCUCGGUAUCCUUUCGCUUCCUUCCACCCUCAUGACACUCGGAAUCGUCCCUGGUCUCAUCGCCCUUAUCGGAAUUGGUGUCCUAUCUUGGUACACAGCAUACGAGCUUCUACAAUACUAUCGACUUCACCCACAAGUGGUCAAUGUUGUUGAGAUGACGAGAUUCGUUGGCGGACCCUGGCUUGAAGGAGUCGCUGGUGUCAUGAUGAUGAUUCAGGUCAUCUUUGUUGCCGCUUCAGCCAUUGUCACGCUCUCUAUCGCACUCAACACCAUCAGCAGUCAUGCCACCUGUACUGUUGUUUUUAUCUUUGUGGCUUGCGCAGCUUGCUUCCUCUUGUGCUUGCCUCGCACCACCAAAUUUGUCUCCCACCUAGGAGUUCCCAACGCUGUCAGUGUUUUGGCUGCUUCUAUCCUGGUCAUGAUCAGCCUGGGUAUCAAGGGCCCUCGACAGGUUGACUCAAUCGACGACUGGCACAGGGAUAUCGUGGUUAUCGGACACCCAAGCUUCCGAGAUGGUCUCAAUGCUUGUCUCAAGAUUGUCUUUGCUUAUGCUGCCAACCUUUCAUUCGUCGGCUACAUGGCUGAGAUGAAGGAUCCCAUCAAGGACUUCAAGUUCUGUCUCGCAUUCCUCGAGGGUAGCUGCAUUACUUUGUACUCUGCCUUUGCCAUCAUCUUUUACUGCCUUGGUGCUGAGUAUACCACCUCUCCUAUCCUUGGUGCCACGUCUAGCACUCCUGCCAAGGCGGCCUACGGUGUGGUUCUCCCUGCCAUCUACUCGACUGGUCUGGCUUAUGGUCACAUUGGUGCCAAAUACAUCUUUGUCAACGUCAUGAGAUGGAUGGGCGCAGUCCAUGAGGUCACUUCCGAUACUGUCAGGUCCUGGUCUGUCUGGCUCGCCUCUGUUGUUGGCUUCUGGAUCAUUGUCUUUAUCCUGUCCAACGCCAUCCCAAUUUUUGAUUCUAUCCUUUCAAUUACUUCGGCAACUACUAUUUCUUGGUUCACCUACGGUUUCAGUGCCGUGUUUUGGUUCCACAUGAAUUGGAACAAUCUUUUCCGCGACUGGAAGAAGAUCUGUCUUACCCUUCUCAACGCCUUCCUUAUCAUCAUCUCGCUCUUCAUGAACGCAGCUGGGCUGUGGGCCUCUAUUACGGAGCUUUUGGACCUUUUCAAUGCCGAUGACAGCUCGAUCCGGGGUGUGUUUUCUUGUGGUAGCAACGCUCAGUUUUAG